AUGGAAGAGUACUCGUUCGCUACGUCAACCUCUCUUGAUCAUCCGGUCAGUGUGAAAAUAGGAAGCCUUGAAGGUCAUUACAAGCCUCCUCCGUUCUCCACACUCCUCAAACGGCCUGAUCUGAGAUAUAUUGGCUCUAAUACAAGUCCGAAUUCCGAUCUCUAUGUGACCGUUCAACCGUGGGCGGAUUCAAAACCCUUGACCGUACCAGCUCAGACAAGAUAUAAAUCGCUACGAACUGGAAGAUUAUGGAAUGAAUGGCUUGAACUUCCAAUCAACAUCUCUCAGCUGCCCCAGAACGCACAACUAGCCAUCACAGUAUGGGAUGUUUCACCAACCGGCGGACCUACCGCCAAAGACCAUGCAAUUCCAUUUGGUGGGACCACCAUCGCUCUUUUCGACAAGGAUGAUACCCUUCAAAAAGGUAGACAACAUUGUCGUGUUUGGAGACACAAGGCAGCAGAUGGUAACUCUUCACCCUCAACCCCUGCUGCACCACCUUCAAAGUGUCGAAAGAGAGUGUUGAAGGAUUCAGCGGGCAAAACCACCAAAGUACCCGAGGAAGAGGAACUUCAACGACUCGAGAAGCUUCUGAAAAAGCAUGAGGCUGGAGAAAUCCCCAAGGUUGCCUGGCUUGAUAGAUUAGUGGUGAAAUUGGUAGAGAGGAAACGACGUGAAGUUGAGGCAUCUGCAAGGACUGCAGCCAAGGCUAGAAGAAAGCUUGAUGUAUGUAGCAAGGAAGAUCGAGCUGACAGCGACAGCACUGCUCCAGCUAAUGAAGGACGUUGCUCGGGAUCAGAAGACGAGGACCCUGAGGAUAAACACAUACUUUUCAUCGACUUUCCUAGAUUCGACUUCCCAAUUGUCUUCACAGAUCAUGAAUAUACGCCAACCCCAGUAUCAUCGUUUUCACAACAUCUACAAAUUUCGAGCAAUAUUAAUCUAAAGCCGCCACCCGAGGUUCAACUGGGUCCCGGUAUUAAUGCAGCCGGGAUUGGGACCGGCGAAGACGACGAGAAUACACCUCCGUUAAUACGUAUAUACGAUCCCGAGGUUGGUGUCAGAGACAAUCCUGCUGAAAGCAAACACCGAAGACUCGUUCGUAGUACCCGCACCGGUGUUCUGGAUCGUGACUUGAAGCCCAAUGCCAAAAUUCGAGAUGAACUUAAUACCAUAAUGGCUUAUGGACCCUCGCAGGAACUGAACGCGGAAGAAAAAGAUCUCAUCUGGAGGUUUAGACACCACUUGACCCGCGACAAGAGAGCUCUAACAAAGUUCGUGAAAUCUGUUGCGUGGCACGAACCCACUGAAGCACGCCAGGCUGUGCAAUUGCUUCCUAAAUGGACGGAGAUAGAUGUGGAUGACGCCUUGGAGCUGCUUGGUCCCACUUUUGAUAAUCAAGCAGUCAGGGCUUAUGCUGUUGAUCGGCUGCGAGAAGCAGACGACGAGGAGCUUUUAUUGUAUCUUCUGCAACUUGUGCAAGCACUCAAAUUUGAAAAAAUCUCGCCCGAACCUGAUGAAAGCACAACCCGAGACUCUUCCCUCGCUCGCUUCUUGAUUUCUCGCGCAACAAACAACCUGAUGCUUGGGAACUUUCUCCAUUGGUAUCUUAUGGUAGAGUGUGACGACCGGAGUCCUGACCAAUCGAAGGAGAUUCGAAAGCUCUUCGCAAAGGUAGAAUUUGACUUCAUGGCCUCGCUCACUCAAACAAAACCGGGACCAGACCGGCGCAAAACUCUUCUGCGCCAGGGCGAACUAAUCACCGUGCUCUCAAAGAUAAGCAAAGAGAUUCGAUUUUCUCGAGAAGAUCGUCCUCGAAAGAUGACUCGACUGAAAAAAUCCCUGGCUGACCCGAAAAAUGAGCUGACUUCUUUUGACCCACCUCUACCACUACCUUUAGAUCCAUCGGUGUCUGUUGUCGGUAUUUUUCCAGACGAAUCAAUGGUCUUCAAGUCGUCGCUGUUCCCACUGCUCAUAAAUUUUCGAACAACGAGUGGAGCGAAAUAUCCAGUGAUCUUUAAAACUGGUGAUGACCUCCGACAGGAUCAGCUUGUUAUCCAAAUUAUUUCUCUAAUGGACCGAUUACUUCGGAAGGAGAAUCUCGAUUUGAAGUUAACACCUUACCGAAUACUUGCAACGUCAGCUACAGCGGGCGCUGUUCAGUUCGUCCCUUCGAUCUCCCUUGCUGCGGCAUCGGCGAAAUACAAAGGCAGCAUCCUCGCAUAUCUGCGAGACAAUCGGCCUGAUAUUCAUGGUGACUUUGGUAUACGAAAAGACACAAUGGAUACCUACAUAAAAUCCUGCGCCGGAUACUGUGUGAUAACCUAUCUCCUUGGCGUCGGCGAUCGACACCUUGACAACCUCCUUCUUGCACCUGACGGCCAUUUCUUCCAUGCGGACUUUGGCUACAUCCUGGGACGUGAUCCUAAGCCGUUUGCUCCUCAGAUGAAGCUAUGCCGAGAGAUGGUUGAAGGUAUGGGCGGCUCGACCUCUGCUCACUACCAAGCAUUUAAGUCCUAUUGUUUCACGGCAUAUGCUGCACUUCGAAAGUCCAGUAAUCUAAUUCUCAACCUUUUCGCACUCAUGGUGGAUGCUAACAUCACCGAUAUUCGGCUCAUGAAUCGGGAAGGGAACAAUCCUCGCGCCGAGGGUGCUGGAGGUAGUGUGGUGGUCGAGAAAGUGCGCGAACGAUUCCAUUUAGAAAUGACGGAAGAGGAGGCCAUGAGGCAUUUCGAGGGAUUGAUUGCGGACAGUGUUGGAGCAAUAUUCCCAGUCGUCAUUGACGCUAUUCAUAAUAUGAUGCAAGGUCUCAAAGCGUGA